UUUCUGCGCAUGCGCAGAAAGGCCGCCGAGCCAAAAUGACAGCUCUCUCCUCUCGUCUCUGUGUGGAAGUCGACACUUCAAAAUGGGAAGGAGUACAACAUUAUUCAGAUAUUUGCAUGGAAUGUAAUGACUAUAUAUACAUAUAGUUUAUGAAAUAUUAAUGUUUUUUGUUGUUGUAGUAUCCGGUUCAUGUAAUUUGAGUUGACAGGCUCUGUUUAUAGGUAGCUUGUUUUGGUUUUUGGUUGUCUAUAAGCUAUCAGAAAGCUACACUGUUAGCUUUUAGGAGAAGGCCAGACUUGUCUUUUAUUUUCUGUCAUAAUUCACAUGAACUAGUUAGCUACCCCCCUUUUUAAACAGGGGAAUAAAUUAGCUAUUUUACAUACCGUCGUGUUUGCUGCUGUUUUUUUUUGUGUUUAUUUUCAAACUCUUUGAUUCUCUCUUUAAGUUGAUCGCAUUUUGUUUGGGUUUUUUGGACAGUAAAGGACGCAAGUAACGUUUUGUUUUUGUUUUAUUGUUUACUAAGUUCUUUAGUUUCCUACCUUUUUGGCUCUCGGACACUUUGUUGAUCUUUAAUUUUAUGUAUUUUGAAGUAUAUCUGGUCAAAUUGCUUUUUUUUCUUCCACCAUGUUUCUGAUAUGCGGUGUGUUGCUUUGGGCCAGUUUCUACGGUACAAACCUCUAAACCAACAAACAAAGUCAUUAUUUCAGUCCAUUUGACUCACAAUCAGCAUGUUUUUUUGUUUUGUUCUUCCCCUUUCCGACGUGUUUAGAUAUUAACAUUUAGUUACAUUUAAAAAAAAAAACUCAGCCACUUCCAUUUGAACUUGCUCUUGUCAUUUUGGACAGCUUUGUUGUAAAUUUGAGUUUCCUCUACAUGUGAUCUCAGUUUAGUUUCGGUCCCCCUUUUUUUUCCCCGUUUCCACCAUGUCUUGUGUCCAUUAUAAAUUCUCCUCGAAACUCAACUACGACACGGUGACUUUCGACGGCCUGAACAUCACUCUGGCCGACCUGAAAAGACAGAUUAUGGGUCGAGAGAGACUCAAAGCUGUCGACUGCGGCCUACAAAUCACCAACGCACAAACUAAAGAAGAAUACAAAGACGACGAGGCCCUGAUAUCUAAGAACUCCUCUGUCAUCAUCAGAAGAAUACCCAUCGGAGGAGUCAAGGCUUCAAGCAAGAUGUAUAACAUUGAGCGUUUUUCAGAACCGAAUCACUUCCCCGUUCAGAACCUCCCCGUCGGAUCCUCCAAAGGAGAUCGUUCUUCAGAACACAGUCACUUUUCCAUCGGAUCCUCUAAAGGAAUUGAUGAUCAUGCUUCAUCUAUAUCACUGGCCCAACUUUCAAAGACGGCGAACCUGGCAGAGGCCAACGCAUCGGAGGACGACAAAAUCAGAGCCAUGAUGUCACAGUCCAAUCACGACUACGACCCCAUACAUUAUGUGAAGAAGUUGACGGGUCCCCCUCCAGCCAACUACACCUGUUAUCGCUGUGGCAAGAACGGACAUCACAUCAGGAACUGUCCUACUUACGGGAAGGAGAAAGGGUUUGAGCCGCCCCAGAGGAUCAAGAAGAGUACCGGCAUUCCCCGUUCCUUCAUGACGGAAGUGGACGACCCGUCUAUAAAGGGAGCCCUGUUGACCAACACCGGCCACUACGCCAUCCCUACGAUAGACGCUGAGGCCUAUGCUUUAGGUAAGAAGGAGAGGCCUCCGUUCGUCCCCAGGGACAAGUCCAGUUCCGAGGAGGACGAGGAUCCAGUCCCUGAUGAGCUCCUCUGUCUGCUCUGUAAAGACCUGAUGACUGACGCUGUGGUCAUUCCCUGCUGUGGCAACUCCUACUGCGACGACUGUAUCCGUACGUCUCUGCUGGAGUCAGAGGAACAUGUGUGUCCCACCUGUAGCCAAUCGAAUGUCUCCCCUGACGCGCUCAUAGCCAAUAAGUUCCUGCGCCAGGCGGUUAAUAACUUUAAGAAUGAGACCGGUUACGCCAAACGCAUGAUGACGAGAGUCGCCCAGCCCCCCGUCGUCCCCACCCCUCCUCUUCAGCCUCAGUCCCGCCCUCAGUGCCCGCUCCAGCCUAUCAGGAGCCAGCAGGACCCACUUAUGCCCCGCCCUCCAGCCUUAGACACGCCACCAUUGGCUCAGCAGCAGGUUGGCCCGCCCCUCAGAGUCGGGAACCAUAAUAACUCCUCCCACAUGGCUGCUGGCUCCUCCUAUAACUCAACGGGUCCCUCCCCCCAGCACCCAACCAAUCACAACAACACGCUUAUGCCAAGAGAGCCAGAGAGUGGAGGAGUUCAGUCUGUGGGGGUCUCAGCCGACCCCCCUCUAGCCACUGCCCCCAUGACCAAGGAAUACCAUGUUCCAGUGAUGAGCCAACCCCAGUCUGACGGUCACUCCCUGCAGAGGACAGGUCCUCCUCCCAGACUUUCUGAAGGACCAGCCCAUUGGGACAGGUACAGCCCCUCCGGUCGUGGCAGGAACCAUAGCGACCUGCUGCCCCUCCCUCCCAGCCUCCGCCCACCUGAACUGUGUCAUACCCCCCACUACCCACCUCCCCACUUCCCCCAGGGCAGCCCCCCUCCAGCUAUGGACUCCCUGCCCCCUCCUGGGACUACCCCCUACCCCAGGACCCCCUCACCUGGGAAGCCAAUCCCCUCCUCUUCCUUCCUGUCCAAGGAUGAGUUCUACAGACAACAGAAGAGGCUGAAGGAUAACUCCGACUGUCGCUACGGUAACCGGGAAAAGUCCAAGCUGGAUGAGUUCACCAACGACUUUGCCAAGGAGCUGCUGGAGUACAGAAAGAUCCAGAAGGAGAGGAGACGCUCUUAUUCCAGGUCUAGGUCGUCCUACAGUAGCUCAUCCUACUCCAAAUCCCGUUCCCGUUCUCGUUCGUACUCCCGUUCCUCCAGUCGAUCCAGAUCUCGUUCCAGAUCCCGUUCCAGAUCCCGUUCCAGGUCUUACUCCCGCUCUUCUCCGUACUCCCGCCGCCACGGACGACCUCGCGGCUACCGCUCCCGUUCCCGUGGCUACCGCCGAUCACGCUCGCCGCCGCCUUUCAGGGACGGUGGAGGGGCGGGACGGGGACGAGGUUACCGGUCGCGCUCUAGAUCACCUGGCCAAGGUGGAUACCGCACCCACACUCCUCCACCCCCAAGCUCCCGGAAGCCUGCCGCUGCUGGAGCGCCACCGGAGGGUGAGAGGAAGUACCCGGGCCGGACCCGGGAGAGGGAUCGGGAGCCGGCGGUGUACGACCGGGGUCCAGAGCACAAAGACCCGUACGAGAGGGAGAGGUACCGGGAGUGGGAGAAGGAGUACAGGGAAUGGUAUGAGAAAUACUUCAAAAACUACAACUCCCACAACCCUCCUCCCAAUAACCCCCCUCCCUACAGGGGCCGACCCCCCCUUGGUUUCGCCCCCGCCCCUGUGGCAACCCCAGCCGGACGAGACAGAGACCCCUACAACCCUCCUCCACCCUCGGACUUCUACCCCUCCCCCCGACCCCGCCCGGACCGUGGAUCCUCCCCCUUCAGUCGAGGGAGGAGGCGAGGUGAGGGCUAUCCUCCUCCCCCCUCACACCCCUCCCCCAGGGGCAGGAACCAGCCAAUGACUUAUCAGGAGAAGUGUGCUGAGCAGUUUGGAACUCUGCCGCUGUCCCGGUCAGCCAAUCAGGAUCAUCAGACGCCACUGAAGGUCGCAAAGGGUGACAGAGAUCCGUCGUCGAGCGCCGCCUCUCCCGCGGUCACUGUGACCUCCGACCUGAAAGAGCAGAAGCACAGGAAGAGGAAGAAGAGGAGAACUGAGCAGGGGAGAAGGGGAGGGGAGUCCUUCAGUGCUUCUGACUCUACGGACGACGCUCGGAAAGAGGAGAAGAAGAAGAAGAGAACCGGGAGUACUCCCGUUGGUUCGUCAAGCCAUGACGACUCCACCCCAGUACGGGACGAGCCAAUCGACAGCGACGCCUCAGACUCAGUCCCGGACAAAGCUGAUAGGUGGACCAGGGACAGUAAGGAGGAGGAAGUGAGGAGAAACAGUGACAGAGUUUAUAAACGCGGACCGGACUCCAGCGUAGCGAGGAAAGACUCAUCGUCCUGGAAGACCGUUAGAGAGACAGACAGGGACCAGACCGGUACAGACAGGGACCAGACCGGUACAUACCGGGACCAGAUCGGUACAGACUGGGACCAGACCGGUACAGCCGGUUUAGCCUACCGGAAGACGUCUCUAACAGAACAGUCAGCCAAACGGGUCAAAGAUGAAUCUAUUCCCUUCCAACCAGACUCUUGCACCUCCCUCCAGAGAGAGAUGGAACUCCAACACCCUGCACCCCUAGCGUCAGCUCCCAAACGACCUCCUCCUAAACCCCACGCAGACCAGCUUGACACUGUUAGAAUCAACCCAGACCUGUUCAAACCGGUUAGAACCGACCCAAACCAGUUUAAACCUGUCAGAACCGACUCAGACCAGUUCAACACAGUUAGAACCGACCCAGACCAGUUUAAACCGGUUAGAACCAGCCCGGAUCAGUUUAAACCGUUCAGAACCGACCUGGACCAUUCCAGACCAGCCAAUGAGGAGCAGAGAGGGAAGAGAGCUCCAGGGUUUCGGCAGGACAGGGGCUCAGGGAGAGAGGACAAGCCCAGGAGAGAGGCUGACAUCAGGGUGGGUAGAGAACAGGAGAGAGAACCUGGCAAAGCUCCAGACACCAAGUCUGAGAAGAGGAGGAGGAGGAAGGAGGAGGAGGAGGAGAAGAAGAGGAAGACGAGAAAGGAGGGGAGGAGUAUGUCUGAUAAGGAGAUGGAGGUGCCCCGAAUCAAAUCUCCCGGAGUGGAGCUCGCCGAGACCGUAAAACCCUGCAACCUCAAACGUGACGUAGAGGAGGAGAGGGCUUCCGUAAGGCCUCUGAUGGAGAGUGGGAUGAAAGCUCCAGACACCAAGUCUGAGAAGAGGAGGAGGGAGGAGGAGGAGGAGGAGGAGGAGAGGCUUCCGAGGAGGGAGGAGGAGGAGGAGGAGGAGAGGGCUUCCGUAAGGCCUCUGAUGGAGAGUGGGAUGAAAGGAGGAGAACCUCAGAGGAAGAUUAAGACCAACAGAGAAGAAGGGAGGAGGGCCGGCAAGCUUGCGGGCGUGGCCGGAACAGAGGCAGCCAAUCAGACGAGCUAUAUAAAGGGAAGCGUGGAGAGGAGCAAAGCCAAGAGGAACCGUAAGGUCCUAGCGUCCGACGGACCGGAAACCACCGUGGACUGCACCAGUCCCCCAGGGGGCAGUAGUCCUGUGUGUGGCGAUGGAUCAGAGGGCAGAGCAGAGCAGAGGAAGACUGUCGUUAAAACACUGGAGGAAUAGUCCAAUGACAGCUCAGCACCUGCUGACGGUCACAUAGUCCUCAUUCAGGUUCCUCGCUCCAAGUGGGAGAAGGAGGACUACGAAUCAGAGGAAGAGGAAGGAGGAAGGGUCAGGGUUCAACUCCGCCCCUUGCUCACCCCCUCUCUCCCUUUCUCCCCUGGACCCCACAUCACCGUGACGACGGAGACGGAGGCAGGGCGAAGGAAAGAGAGGGACUGUACCUUUCCCAAGCCAGAGAGAACUAUGCCCCCCUCUAGUGGCAGAGACAGAGAAGACGGCCUGCAGGACGGAGGAAAACACUCCGGAGACCCCAUCCCUCCUGAGAAAGACGGAGAGACGGAGAGAGAGAGAGAUCAGUUAAAGGAAAAGGAGCUGGAGAGGGAUAAAGAACGGGACAGAGAGCGGGGGAAAGAGAGAGAAAGAGAGAGGGAACACAGCCGUGCUUCUGACAAAGAUAUGGACAGACCGAGAAAGAUUCCCUCUUCCUCUCAGCGGCCGGAGAGGAGAGCGAGAGAAGGAGAGAGGACUGGGGAGAGAGGGAUCGACCACAUGAGUGAGAAGAGCUCCUCUCAGCGGCCGGAGAGGAGAGCGAGAGAAGGAGAGAGGACUGGGGAGAGAGGGAGCGACCACAUCAGUGAGAAGAGCUCCUCUCAGCGGCCGGAGAGGAGAGAGAGAGAAGGAGAGAGGACUGGGGAGAGAGGGAGCGACCACAUCAGUGAGAAGAGCUCCUCUCAGCGGCUGGAGCGAGAGAGAAGAGAGAGAGGAGGAGAGAGGACUGGGGAGAGAGGGAUCGACCACAGUGAGAAGAGCUCCUCUCAGCGGCCGGAGCGAGAGAGAAGAGAGAGAGGAGGAGAGAGGACUGGGGAGAGAGGGAGCGACCACAGUGAGAAGAGCUCCUCUCAGAGGCCGGAGCGAGAGAGGAGAGAGAGAGGAGGAGAGAGGACUGGGGAGAGAGGGAGCGACCACAGCAGUGAGAAGAGCUCCUCUUCCUCCUCACACUCUUACUCACAGAUCGUAAACCUUUUUCUUCUUCCAGGGACCACAAAGCGACCUCUGACCCCAGAGCCAGGGAGCACAGAGACCACAAACAUAAAGACCACAACGACCAGAACUCCUCCACCAACUCCACUGACCAAAGACCACAGAGAGCUCGGCAGUGCCUCUCCAGUCUCCAAGAGAGCCUCACCCCCAUCGGACCCCUCGUCCUCCAGCACCCAGAGAUCUCAGGGAAGCUCUGAGCCCACCGGACCUAGCGAAAGCAGCCCUGGCAGGGAUACGACGCAGGGCAGAUACCCCUCUCCUCAGGUCUCCAUCUCCGUGGAGAGCCAGUCCGGGAGAGGGAAGGCUGAGGGAGAAGAGCCCAGAGUAGAGCGCUCCUCAGCGGAGAGACAGAGCCAGCAGGCCAGCCUAGGAAACCUAGAGAAGGAGAUGAGUGGUGGAAAGCCCCACCAACACCCAGCCUCACUCCUACAGCCCCCCAGGACUGACAACAGGGCAGGGGUGCCCAGAGCUAGAGCGCUGGAGGGAGAGAGAGCGCUGGAGGGAGAGAGAGCGCUGGAGGGAGAGAGAGCCCUGGAGGGAGAGAGAGCCCUGGAGGGAGAGAGAGCGCUGGAGGGAGAGAGAGCGGAGCAUGGGGAGGGCAGCGGCAGAAGUCGUAGCAGCAGCGCCAGCUCUGUCGGUAGCCUGGGCAACAAGAAAGACAAGAAGAAGAAAGAUAGAAAAGAGAAGAAGAAACAGAAGAAGAAGAAGAAGAAGAAGGAUAGAAAGCAGAAGAGACAGGGGAGCCUGGAUGCUGAGGAGGGAGAGUUCACGGGACUGAAACACAAACACAAGAAGAAGAACAAGGAGAAAGAGGACAAUGAGAGAGAAGAAGAAGAAGAAGAGGAGGAGGAGAGAAGAGGAGAAGACCAAAUGGCUAGCGUAGCCUUAUGAGACGUUUUCGUUGUGAAGCGUUUUUUGACAUGUUUCAGCCCAAGGCUCGUGGCCCCUAAACCUUAUUCCCUAACUAGUGCACGACUUAAGGACAAGCCAAGUGUACUAAGAAGGGAAUUGGGGGGCCAUUUUUCAGAGGAAAAAGAGACUUGGUUUUUGUUCCCUCUUGUAAAGGUCCUCAGAGAGGCAUCACACAGCCUGUAUUCCAAACACCUAUUCCCUAUAUAGGGCCCUAUAUAGGGCACUACUAUAGACCAGAGCCCUAUUCCCUAUAUAGGGCAGAGCCCUAUUCCCUAUAUAGGGCCCUAUGUAGGGCACUACUAUAGACCAGAGCCCUAUUCCCUAUAUAGGGCCCUAUGUAGGGCACUACUAUAGACCAGAGCCCUAUUCCCUAUAUAGGGCCCUAUGUAGGGGACGUGGGUGUUGUUUGUGACGGGACACCCCGGUACUGUGGAUCAUAAAGAGGACUUAAAACCACUCUGCUCUGCAAGCUGCUCACUCUAGUUCAACACUUUAUCUAAGGGGGAGUUAUUUUGUUUUUGUUUUUUCUUGCUGAGGAUUUGAAAUAAUUUAAUGAAUUUAAAGGCUGAUGUAUAAAAUACAUAUUAUUAUUUUUUAGACUCUGCUAAAACAGAGGCUGUUUGCUUUGACGAGUCGGUUUACUUGAAUGAUGCUUCAAACUGUUUUUUUUUUGUGUGUUUAAAAUAAAUAAAUAAAAGGAUGUAAUUGCUAAACCUUGA